CAGACCUGCAGAAGACAGACCUGCAGUUCGAACUUUCAGAAGAUUGCAUACCAGCUGAUUUCCUCAAGGCCGACGUUCAGACCAGACGCAAACGCCACUUGGUUUUUGCAACAGAGGAGCAACUGCAUCAGUUGGCCCGGGCCAGCUGUUUACAAUCAACGCGUUUGUCCGAAGCGGCGAGCAGGCAAAGCAGAUCCCCCUCGUGUUCGUGCUUAUGUCUGGAAAAAGAAGAAGGAUUACCGUGCAGUCCUUAAGGAAAUACUGGAUCUGCUUCCGUCAUCAAUUUCAGUCCGCAAAGUAACGUUGGACUUCGAACGAGCCGUAUGGACCGUCUUUAGGGAGCUGCUGCCAGACGUUGCCUUUCAAGGUUGCCUGUUUCACUGGACUUAG